GGCCACUUAGACUAACUCAACCACCUCACUUCACCUCACCACCUCUCGAAAUCUUCACUACUACCGUACCACUACCACCGAACCUUGCUAAAUCGAGAAGAAGAAAAAGGAGGAAAAAAAAAAUGUCAGCCGUCCAAUCAAUCUCCUCAGCUUCACAGCUCUCCACCAUAAUCUCCAAAAAUACCAUCGUAAUCAUAGACUUCACCGCAACCUGGUGCGGCCCUUGCAGAGCCAUAUCCCCAAUCUUCGAGGCCCUCGCCACCAAGCACUCGAAGACGCCCAGCCUAGCCUUCGCCAAAUGCGACGUGGACGCCUGCUCCGACAUCGCACGUGCCCACUCGGUCCGCGCGAUGCCGACGUUCGUGGUUCUGCAGCGCGGCAGCGAGGUCGAUCGCAUCACGGGUGCUGAUCGCGGUGCUUUAAUGGGGGCUGUUGAGAAGUGGGCUGGAGCCGCUGGAGGGGGGUUUGGAAAGGGGCAUAAGUUGGGGGGCGAUCCGGCGGUUGUGGUUCCACCACUUGGAGGAGGAGGUGGCGGAGGGGUGUUUUUGGCGGCGGGAGAGGCGGUCAAGUACGUCCUCGACGGGCGGGUUGUUGAUAGCUUGCCGAUCGGAGCGCGGGCUAGGGGUGUGCUCAGGGUUGUUAUUGUCUUUCUGGGGUUGUAUCUUACCUCUUUGUUUUCUUUUGAUGCCAUCACCGCCGCCGAAAACUCCAUGUUCGCGAAUUACGGAAAGCCCAAGGGCCAACAGAAGAAGCCUGGUUAUGGCGGCUUCGGCGGAGCUGGGCGUCCGGGUGGACCCCCACCUCCUCCUGGCCCGCCCGGUUCUGGCUCUGGGAGGAAGCUCGGCACGGUGGAUAGCAUUAGAAGCUCUGGUGGGUGCAGUGAUGGUAGCUGUGGUUAAAAUAUUGGCUUUUUAUCAUGUCAUGUCAUCGCCAGGAAACUUGUGGGAUGAUGCUAUAGGGAUACGUUUGGUUUCUUCCUUUAUUUUAUAUUAGUUGAUUCAUGUACUUUUUACACACAAACUACUCUAUUCCUCUCCUGCGGCAA